AUGGCUUGGGCUUAUCAUCGCAUUCCACCGGAGGAUGAUCCUUCAAUACCUCACCCAAUUACCAAGUACGAUCAAAUCAUCGAAUCUCCGGAUGACAGCAGUGGCUCCUUGACUUUUGGAAUAGAAUUGGAGUUCAUGGUUCCCAUCUUAAGAAGUGGUCUUAUCGAUCCUUUUCCUGAAGACAGGCGCCCCUUGUUUAAGUACCCAGCUUACUCUGACAUUGACAUCCUCGUUCUAGAUGUUAUCGAGGGAGCUUGCGACAUUCCCUUCCGCCUUGAACUGGAAGACAAAUUCCGUCGACCGUCCAGCAAUGUCAUUCGUUACGAUAUGUGGCGUCUGAUUAAGGACCAUUCGCUAAAGUUCCAGAAGGUUGAUCGCCAUGAGCACACUUGGGUGGGACGAGAAAUCACCUCUGAGGUCUUCAACUCCGACGAGCCUAAGGACUACACCGAGAAGAUCACCAAGGUUUGCCACGCCAUUCGGCAACUACGGGUGCAUCUCAAUCAGACAACUUCAGUCCAUGUCCACGUUGGCCUUGGAGACGAACCGUUCAGCCUCCUCACGAUCAAAAAGGCGAUGACCCUAAUUCUGCUGGCGGACGAUAUGUUGAUGGGACUUCAUCACCCUGCGCGUCGCGAGAGCCCCCACUGUCGUUUAAUUUCUCUUUGCUCUGAGCUUGGCAGAUGGCUACCCGAGUUUGCGCGAGACAAGAAGAACAUAUUGAAGGAGUCCCUAGAACAGCGAAUGGGCGAAUUCGUUCCUGAUAUCCCCGCGGCGAAGCAAACUCUUCAGGCAACAAAGAGCUUCAAGGAGUUAGCGCGCAUGAUGGAUGAUCCAGUGCACGAUUGGGGAUACUAUCGGGGUUCAGUUUCAUUCGCCAGAUUUCUGCCGGAUGAGGACGACGUAGGAGGAAACACGCAGACGAUCGAGUUCCGACAGAUGGCAGGCUGCCUAGAGCCUGGUGAAAUAAUUCAUUGGGCGAAAGUCUGUAUUGCGAUCGUUGACUUCGCUAGACUCUCUGAUGCUGGACGAUACAAGGGCUUGUUGAAGAAAUUGAUGCCGGAGGACUCUACGUUCUCGGCGUUCGAUUUACUCUUGGAACUUGGCUUAGUUGAGGAAGAGAAGUACUUUCGGGCCAAGGUGCAAGGAUAUCAGUCUAACCUUGACUUCUAUCCAGGAGAAAGUUCUGGGGGACUGUUCGUUCCGGAGUUAGAGUAG